GCGCGCACAACUCGGGGAGCUGCCGCCGCCGCCGCGAUCCGCCGCCAGCUUCCGCCGCCGCAAGAUCGGCCCCUACCCCGGCCUCCGCCGCAGCCCUGCGUCCGCCUCGGGCCGCGGCCGCCGCCAGCCUGGGGGGCUUUGUGUGCCCUGCGCCCCGCAUGUGAAGCCGGCCGGCCCCCGGCGAGUGCGCCCUCAGUAGCCUCGGCCCCGGGCUGCGCCCUCCGCCCCACGUCAGCUCCCCAGCUCGCUCGUCCGGGAUGGCAGCGGCCAAGGCCGAGAUGCAGCUGAUGUCCCCGCUGCAGAUCUCUGACCCAUUCGGCUCCUUCCCGCACUCACCCACCAUGGACAACUACCCCAAGCUGGAGGAGAUGAUGCUGCUGAGCAACGGGGCUCCCCAGUUCCUCGGCGCUGCCGGAGCCCCAGAGGGCAGCAGCGGCGGCAGCAACAGCAGCAGCAGCGGGGGCGGUGGUGGGGGCAGCAGCAGCAGCGGCAGCGGCGCCUUCAAUCCUCAGGGGGAACCGGCAGAGCAGCCCUACGAGCACCUGACCACAGAGUCAUUUUCUGACAUCGCUCUGAAUAACGAGAAGGCGAUGGCGGAGACGAGUUACCCCAGCCAGACUACUCGGCUGCCGCCCAUCACCUAUACCGGCCGCUUCUCCCUGGAGCCUGCACCCAACAGCGGCAACACUCUGUGGCCUGAGCCCCUUUUCAGCAUAGUCAGUGGCCUCGUGAGCAUGACCAAUCCUCCGGCUCCUUCAUCCUCGGCGCCCUCUCCCGCGGCCUCAACGUCGUCCUCCGCCUCCCAGAGCCCACCCCUGAGCUGCGCUGUGCCGUCCAACGACAGCAGCCCCAUCUACUCAGCCGCCCCGACCUUCCCCACUCCCAACACUGACGUUUUCCCGGAGCCCCAAAGCCAGGCGUUUCCCGGCUCAGCAGGCACUGCCCUACAGUACCCGCCUCCUGCCUACCCCGCCGCCAAGGGUGGCUUCCAGGUCCCCAUGAUCCCUGACUAUCUGUUCCCCCAACAGCAGGGAGACCUGGGCCUGGGCACCCCAGACCAGAAGCCCUUCCAGGGUCUGGAGAGCCGUACCCAGCAGCCCUCGCUUACUCCGCUGUCCACUAUCAAAGCCUUCGCCACUCAGUCGGGAUCCCAGGACUUGAAGGCUCUGAACAGCACCUACCAGUCCCAGCUCAUCAAACCCAGCCGUAUGCGCAAGUACCCGAACCGGCCCAGCAAGACGCCCCCCCACGAACGUCCCUACGCCUGCCCCGUGGAAUCCUGCGACCGCCGCUUUUCUCGCUCCGACGAGCUCACGCGCCACAUCCGCAUCCACACGGGCCAGAAGCCCUUCCAGUGCCGGAUCUGCAUGCGCAACUUCAGCCGCAGCGACCACCUCACCACCCACAUCCGCACCCACACAGGCGAGAAGCCCUUUGCCUGCGACAUUUGCGGGAGAAAGUUCGCCAGGAGUGACGAACGCAAGAGGCACACCAAAAUCCACUUGCGACAGAAGGACAAGAAAGCAGACAAAAGUGUCGCGGCCCCUCCGGCCACCUCCUCCCUCUCCUCCUACCCAUCCCCCGCGGCUACCUCUUACCCAUCCCCGGCGGCGCCCACCUCGUUCCCAUCCCCCGCGCCCACCUCCUACUCCUCCCCCGGCUCCUCGACCUACCCGUCUCCCGCGCACAGUGGCUUCCCCUCGCCCUCGGUGGCCACCACCUAUGCCUCGGUUGCGACGGCUUUCCCGCCCCAGGUCAGCAGCUUCCCGUCUGUGGCUGUCACUAACUCCUUCAGCACCUCCGCUGGGCUUUCGGACAUGGCAGCAACCUUUUCUCCCAGGACAAUUGAAAUUUGCUAAAGGGGAAGCAAGCAAAGGGGAGGGGCCAGAAAACAGACACACACAGGAAAAGACAAUAACGGACAGGAGGGAGAUGGUCCCCAGAAGGGGCUCCUCUUAGGUCAGAGCCAAGACCUUCCUCUAGUCAAGAGAAGGCCCAGUUGGCCGGCGGGGUCCUUUCGCUGACCGUCCCUGCCUCCCCGUGUUCCCGUUCCCUUUGACUUCAGCUGCCUGAAGACAGCCGUGUCCGAGUUCUUCAACCUCCGUCCAAAGAACUUGAUUUGCAUGGGUAUUGGAUAUAAUCAUUUCAGUAUCUUCUCCAUCCAUAUGCCUGACCCUUGCUCUCCCUUAAGUGCUACGGCAUCGAGUUGGCAAAAAAAAAAAAAUGGGUUUGGGCCCCCAGGACCCUACCCUGUUAACUUUUGUACAGUGUCCGUGCCAUGGAUUUUGUUUUCCUUGGGGGGGGUAUCCUCGAUGUGAAGAUAAUUCUGCGUACCCUGUUGUGUUAUUUGGAGUUCCAUCCUCACUUUGGGGGGGGCGGGAAGGGGGGGAGCAAAGCCAGGCAAACCAGUGGUGACCCUCUUAACUUCGCGAUGGCUGCUGUGACGAUGUGUGUGGCGCAUCUUUUGAAGCAGCUGUCUGUCCUAGGUAUUAACCACAGCAUGUGUCAGAGUGUUCCGUUAACUUUUUUUGUAAAUACUGCUCGACUGUACUCUCACAUGUGACAAAGUAUGGUUUGUUUGGUUUCUGGUUUUUUUUUCUUUUUUUGAAAAACAAAAUUUUUUUUGCCCGUCCCUUUAGUUUUAAAAAGUUUCACGUCUUGGUGCCUUUUGUGUGACAAGCCUUGCCGAUGGCCUGACAUGUGCAAUUGUGAGGGACAUGCUCACCUCUGGCCUUAAAGGGGUAGGAGUGAUGUUUCGGGGGAGGCUUUGAGAGAGGAAUGAGGAAGAGGGCUGAGCUGAGCUUUGGUUCUCCAGAAUGUAAGAAGAAAAAUUUUAAAACAAAACCUGAACUCUCAAAAGUCUAUUUUUUUAACUGAAAAUGUAAAUUUAUACAUAUAUUCAGGAGUUGGAAUGUUGUAGUUACCUACUGAGUAGGCGGCAAUUUUUGUAUGUUAUGAACAUGAAGUUCAUUAUUUUGUGGUUUUAUUUUACUUUGUACUCGUGUUUGCUUAAACAAAGUGACUUGUUUGGCUUAUAAACACAUUGAAUGCGCUUUAUUGCCCAUGGGAUAUGUGGUGUAUAUCCUUCAGGAAAAAGUAAAGGUAAAAUAAACUGA